CAAGCGGAUCAGCUGACUCCGCGGGACUGCGGCGUCAUCCUCCCUAUAAGCCGGCGACCUCUGGCACUAAGCUUUGCUCCCUUCGGGCCGCCGCGACCAUGCAGACCCCCGGCGUCUUGCUGCUCGUUCUCGGCCUCCUGGCUGCGUCCUCCUCCGCGCUUAUCAGAAUCCCCCUGCACAAGUUCACGUCUAUCCGUCGGACUAUGACGGAGGCAGGUGGCUCUGUGGAAGACCUGAUCCUUAAAGAUCCCAUCACCAAGUACUCCAUGCAGUCAUCUACUGGAACCAACGAGCCAGUGUCAGAGUUACUUAAAAACUACCUCGAUGCCCAGUACUAUGGUGAGAUCGGCAUCGGAACGCCCCCGCAGUGCUUCACAGUCGUCUUUGAUACCGGCUCCUCCAACCUGUGGGUCCCUUCCAUUCACUGCAAGCUGCUUAACUUAGCCUGUUGGGUCCACCGCAAGUACAACAGUGGCAAGUCCAGCACCUAUGUGAAGAACGGCACAGUCUUCGACAUACACUACGGCUCAGGAAGCCUCUCUGGGUACCUGAGCCAGGACACUGUGUCGAUUCCAUGUAAGUCUUCAGAAAACGGAGGUGUCAAGGUGGAGAAACAGAUCUUUGGAGAAGCCACCAAGCAGCCUGGAAUCGUAUUUGUCGCAGCCAAGUUUGAUGGCAUCUUGGGCAUGGGCUACCCUUUUAUCUCUGUUGACAAUGUGCUUCCGGUCUUCGACAACCUGAUGCAACAGAAGCUGGUGGACAAGAACAUCUUCUCCUUCUACCUGAACAGGGACCCAACCGGGCAACCCGGAGGAGAACUAAUGCUUGGUGGCACUGACUCCAAGUACUACCAUGGGGAGCUGUCCUACCUGAACGUCACUCGAAAGGCCUACUGGCAGGUGCACAUGGACCAGUUGGACGUGGGCAGUGGACUGACCCUGUGCAAGGGAGGCUGCGAGGCUAUUGUGGACACAGGGACAUCUCUUCUGGUGGGGCCUGUGGAAGAGGUGAAGGAGCUGCAGAAGGCCAUUGGGGCAGUGCCUCUUAUCCAGGGCGAGUAUAUGAUCCCUUGUGAGAAGGUGUCCAGCCUGCCCACUGUCAGUCUGAAGCUAGGAGGCAAAAACUAUGAACUACACCCAGACAAGUAUAUACUCAAGGUGUCGCAGGGUGGAAAGACAAUCUGCCUGAGUGGCUUCAUGGGAAUGGACAUACCCCCUCCCAGUGGGCCGCUCUGGAUCCUGGGCGAUGUCUUCAUUGGAUCCUACUACACUGUGUUUGACAGAGACAACAAUAGGGUCGGCUUUGCCAAGGCUGCCGUACUCUAACCUGCUCCUUCUCCAUCAGGGAACUGGACCAGAGUCCAGUAGAGGAAGCCAGCCAGCCCCAUCCCUUCACCUGCCCCACUCACACAUAGUCACACUCGCUUAGUGUUGCUGGGCCCUUGGGAGGCCUGGCUGGAGCUGGUCCAGCUGUUCUGUUCUGUGGUUCCUGACCCUGGGUUCAGAUUGCUGCCAAGGCCCACCCAGUACACAAGGCUGCCUUUAAAGGCCCCUACUGGUUUGGUAGCUGCUAGGAUGGAUUGUCUUGUUCUGCUGCCCUUUGCUGGGUAGACAGCACUCUGAAGCAGGCAAAUGGGUCUUAGGAUCCCUCCCAGAAACCUGCUCUGACCCAGACCCCUCACCCAGCCUGGGGAUGGCACCAAGCUCUACUGCACCGCUAUCUCUGGCCUGGCAAAGGCCUGAAGGUGAGCAGGAAGAGCAAGAGGACAGACACAAAACUAUGAACCUGGAGGGUUACCUGGGGCCUGACCGCACCCUCCUGGGAAGGCACGCCUCAGCCUGGGGUAGAGGUAGAAUGGCUGACUGGUUUUAGGUGGCCUCUGCUGCCCUCAUCCUGGGCUAGGCAGCUGGGAGCCAAAGUUGAAAUACAAAUAAAGUUGUUUUGGGCCUCUUUC